AUGGUCAAGGAGCUGGGGAAGACCCAAAACACAGGCCCCGCCCACGGCCCUCUACGCGCCACCCUAAGCCCCGCCCCGCCUCCUCGCCCCGCCCCCGGUCCCGGAAGCGAAAGCCGCUCCUCCUCUUCCGAGCCGGGUCACGACCCGGUAGGCGGGAGCGGGGAGUCCGAGAGGGCCGAGCGCUGCAGGGGUCAAGCUGCCCCACCCGGCGCCAUGUCCCGGAACCUGCGCACCGCUCUUAUUUUCGGCGGCUUCGUCUCCCUGAUCGGCGCCGCCUUCUAUCCCAUCUACUUCCGGCCCCUAAUGCUGCGGGAGGAGUACCAGAAGGAACAAGCCAUAAACCGAGCAGGUAUCGUUCAAGAAGACGUGCAGCCACCAGGGCUAAAAGUGUGGUCGGAUCCAUUUGGCAGGAAGUGAGAAGGCAAUCACCAGCUCUGAUUCUGAAAGUAGACAUCUCAUGCUUUGGAUUCUGCAGCAAGUACAAUAAAUCACUGCGCUAUAGAAUGACGGCCGGGAAGAAAACUCCGUAAAUAAGAGUACUGCCCACAAGGAUUCAUAUUUCCCUUCCUAAGUCUCAAAAGAGCCCUGGAACAAAUCACACGAUUAGGGAGGUUUUCAUGAUUCCGUUUACUUUCUAAAAAUGAUGCUCUCUCACCCAGCUGUGUUUGGAGGAGACCUACUUGUUAUUCAGCCUUUACUACUUAGCCAGUGGAGCUGUGGUUUGAAUACAGGCAGCCUGCAGACUCGGGAAGAUCAAGUCUGUUUUGCCUUCUUUCAAACAGAAAAUUCCAGUGAAAACCCACCAUGCUGAGCAGCCUCCUAGAGCUCUUUGAAAACAUUAAACCUAAUAAAACUCUUUGAGGACAAAGUACCUCGUACUUUUUAAGAAACAGUUCCACUGAACUAUCUUGUUGAAGGUUGCUGCACAUGGAAAGUAGGUAUGGGGCAGAUCAAGCUAAGAGGGGUGGUGGUAAGCAGUCAGAGUAGAGAUCAUGCUGGAUUAAUGUGUAGAUUUAAAUUUCUUUUUCCUUUACAAUGGCAUAUAAGGUCAUCUUUUGUAUAUCCUUUCUUAUGGACUCAUCAGUUGUACCAAGAAGCCUGUGACUAUUUGUCUAGUCGGUGUGUGUGUGUGAUGGUUGUCAGUUUGUAUGCAAGUAAACAAUGCAAACGUAAAUGGCAAACUUGUUGAGACCAGUGUUGACACGAUGUCGCCUCCUUAUUGAGAACCUCACCGCCUAUGCAGAGAGGCACGCGAGCAUACUUUAUUCCUCCAGAUUAUACACGUUCCCAGAGACAUCUUCAUUUUUAGCUGUCCCAAAGUGCCUUGCCCAUUCCUGUGGGCUCUCUUUAGAUGAACUUCCCAGUGACAUUUUAUUAUUGUGAACCAGGAAUUUAAUAGACAAAUGGCCCAGUCAUUUAAUGACUGUCCAAAAGAAACAAGAUUGAUAGUUGCAAAACCAGAGUCGUCACUUUGGGUUGGCAUCCCCUAACAUUUAGUGGACUUAUUAACUGUCUAAUAAAAGAAGUUGACUCAUUUGGGGUACAUUUUACCACAGUUUUCCUUGGAGGGGACACCAGGAAGUUGCGUAACUUCAAGGCAGACUUUCUGUAGGUGCUUAGUUGCGAUUGCUUUGGGACUGAGGCAAGCCUGGGAACCAUCUGCCUUGGAAAAUGUCCAGGCGAAGAAAACGACCAUGCCUGUCAUAGUGGAGAACUUGGGGACCUCGCUUGCCUGUUCGGUGGGGGGAGCAGACUUCGAUUUUCCUCCUGAGUGAACUGGCUUUGACCCUGCCCGUGGCUCACCUCUUAGUGAGCUAAAGGGGCUGUGUCUUGUUCAACUGUGUUCAUAUUUAUAAAACUUAUCACUUCUCUUGCAAGUGAAGGCAGACUCUGCCCAGUAGUGACAAAAAGCCAGGUUUGGGGAUGCUGCUAAUGAGGGAGGGCUGGCCACUCAUGCCAGGGUGCCCAUGAAGGCUGAAAAAUACAUUUAGGAAACGGCGAAAGUUUACUGGGCCGUUGCUUCUGAUUUGUGGCUUCCAAGAGAAGCAUAACAUCUCCCAAAUGUAUUUGCUCACAGAACACUUUUCCCUGAUUCUCUUCUAGCUCUAGAAGAGCAGCUUCCUGUGGGGAAAGCUUUCCCCAGCAGCUUCCGAUGGGGAAACCUUCCUCUAGACAAGCACUCGUAAGUUUUUUGGUGCAGGACUGUUUUUCACUAUUUAGAAAUUUUUAAGAACUCCAGAGCAUUUCUUCUUAUGUGUGUUAUACCUAUAAAUACUAUGCUAGAAACAAACACAUUUUUAAAAUAUUAAUUUAAGAAUAUCAACCCAUGUGAUUAAAUGGCAUGUUUUUAUAUGGAAAACUCAUUUUCUAAGAGAAGCAAAGCUAGCAAAUUAAUGUCUGGUUUAAUAGAAGAUAGCUAGGCUCUCAUACCAUUUGCAUUAGUCUGUUCCUAUUUCACAGGUCAUGUGGCCUUGAGGAAAUUCCAUAAUAGGAAAGUGAAAAAAAGACAAAAAAGCUUCAGUAGUAGUGUCAAAAUAGUUGUGACCCCCUGAAAAGGUUUCAAAGACACCUGUACAGGGCCCUGGGCCGCAGCUUGAGCCGCUUUUUCUCUCUUGGAUUUUGACCUUUCUGGUUGUAUUAGUUCCCCCCAAAGAGUUGUUUAUAGUGAACUACAUUUUGGCUUGCCCACUUUGAGGAAGAGGAUAGAGAGGAGAGGGAAGAAACUGACAUAAUUUCUUACGAUAGAUACAAAGUUUGGGAUCCUUCAUUUUUAGUGUCAGACAAUACCCUCUUGGGAAGACUUGUGUUGACAUUUUUUAAAUCUCAGAACCAGAAAUAGGUACACUGCUGAAGAGUGGGUAUUUCUUCUGUGGAUUGUCUAACUUGGCCUCCCUCUCUGUCUUGGCCAAUGGGAAAUUCCACCACAUUUGCAUUUGAGCUUUUUCAGAAGUCUCCAAGACCGCGAGACAUGUGUUUGAGUGAUUACACUCACCUCAUCCUUCCUCCCUGUGUGUCUUUAUUCUCCUUGCAACUUUCCCAGUUCAGUUUUCUCUUGUAUGUUAGAUUCUCCAUUUUGAAGCAGGGCUUAUCAGUGCCAGUCAAUAUUUAAAAAACAGUAUUUGCUUAAUGGCAAAACCACCCGUAAAACCACUGGUAAUCUUAAAAGGAAAAUGAGAUACAUUUACAAAUAAGAUUAAUAUGAGAUACUAAACAUGCUUUUAAAGUUGAGGAUAUUUACUGAUGCUAGACAUAGGCACCUCACCUUGACACAACAGAAUACAUUGUGAGUUCACCAAAAGACACACACCAGUAUGUGCAGAGCAGUGUUAAGAUAUUCAGAGCUGCCCCGGAAGCUGCCAUUACCCAUUAACAAUCCCACAAUAAGUGGCCGGAGAUCCUUUUCAUACAAUGGAGCCCCUUACAUUAGGGAGAUGAGCAGCAAAGCAGCAAAUCUCAUCCAGUGCUGAACAAGGUCAGUUGCAAGAGUGCGUGCUUUUAUAUACUUAUAUAUAUAUUUUUUAGGGUGUAUACUUUAUAGAUUUGAUUUAGACAAGAAUAAAAACAGGAAAACUAGACCAUACACUUAAAAGUCAGCUUCAUGGCUCCUCAGAAAGUGUGGCUGGUGGGGACUGGGCAGGGCCUCAGACAGCUUCAGGUCACUCAGGUUGUUGAUCUGGGUGCAGGUGUUGGGUCUAUUGGGUCUGAAUAUCCACUGAGCAAUACAAAAGCAUGUCCUUUUCUACAUCGGUAUCCUGCUUGAAUAAAGCCCUUGAAAAGGUGCAACUGGAUUGAGAAGAAAAGUUGUACCAGUUUGUAGAAUCAGGAAAGUAUCCAGAGAACCACACUCCUCGGAGGCAGGAGCCCAGGUAUCCAGAGCGAUGAUGAAACACCUGACGGGUAGUGGGGAGUUGGGAUGCUGUGUGUGAGGCCCCUAGCAAGUCUGAGCAGGGCUCAGACUAAUGAAAACUGUCCGGGUUGAUGGAGGCGCUGACAUUCGAACAGACCAUGAAAAAUAGUCUGACAAGCAAUGAAUGACUGAGGUGCAGAGUCAGCAAAGCUAAGCUGAUCCGAAGAAUGGUUUGACUUGGAUGGAAAGGUCCGGGGAGGGAGGAGACCCCUGAACCAGGGCUUGCCUGUGCUCUGGGCGCUGGCCCACAUGAGCAGCCCCCCGGCCCCCAAAUCUCAUGGGGUUUCUAUGGAGCAGUGUCUGCUGAAUGAGUGGGGAAAGGUUGCUAGGAAGAAUAGUUUAGGGCCGAGGGGUGGACACCCCCAAAAGUUAGACUGAUAGGUUUUAUUUAAUUUAGAAGAUGUGAAGUACUAUAAAUAGAAGUGGCCUGAAAAAUUUUAAAACAGCCCAGCUCUCCCCAGAGCAGUGCUAACACAGGGAGGCAGGUGAAGUGAGCACAGUAGCAGCGUCGGCGUUUAGGAAGGUUAAUGGCAGUUUGACGGAAUUGUUCUUGACUUUGGAGUCUGAUUUUUGUAAAACUGGGGCUCCCAUUUAGUAUUUUGGGCAUUGUAAUAGGGAUGUCUAAUGUGCUUUAUAGAUCACAAUGCAUUGGUAUUGAGAAACCUGGAGGAUGAAUCUGUUCUCAGGUCCACGCCAGCCAGAGCUCAGAGAUUCUGGCUACAUGGCCACUGAGUCCCCUGCUCGAAGCUCUUGGGUUCUGACCCGUGGGAAGAUGAAAGCACCGAGAUUUCUCAGCUCCAGGAGGGGCUCCGUGGACAUGCGACUCCAGGCUCCCGGGCUCCCUUCUGCAAUUGAUGAGGCCUGGAGGUAAAUGUGUGUGGGAAGGUCUCCCCAACACCACGGAGCCUGCGUGUUCUCAAGGCACCUGCAGGGGGCGCCAGCUCUGCGCAUCUUACUGGAGCUUGGCUUCUAGCCAGCAGCAAGUCACCUGCGGGGCACCCCCAGGUGGUGGGAAGCAGCAGGGUGCCUGCACUCCUUGGCUUCCACCGUGCAGAUCUUCUGUCUGAACAAGGGAGAAACAAGAAGCCACUACUCCUCAAGAGAGUUGGGGGGCAGUGCAGUGCAGCCUCCUUCCUGGGGCCCCUCUGACCGCACAUGAUCAAAAUAAACGGGAAAACAUAGGAUGCUUUGUCAAGACCUUUUCUUUUGUAUUUGUUAAUACUUUUUAGUUGUUUUUAUUACGCUAACCUUGGUUUACAACCCUGGGUAUGAUUUAGAGGUAAAAACUCACACUUUCAGUUGUAAGUACCACAUCACACCCGCCGCCAAAUCACCCAGAGAGUCCACUUUGGGGUCACAAGUGACUGAAAACCAAACCCCAAAUGUGGCAGGGGGAUACCCUGGACUGUCACAGGGUUUCCCUCUCGUGUGGCAUCUGCUACGCUGGCCGCCUCCUGCUGUAUUCCCUGUCUUGGGGGACCCCGGUUUCCCCGGUUCUGCCUCCCUACUUUGGGUUACACCAUGCCUGCUUAGGAGGCUCGCGUGCAAGAUGGAUGAUCUCCUGGUUGCGGGGAUUGGAUCGGGGUGGGCAUGUGACCCCACCGCGCAUCCGGUCCGACUGCAGUUACUCUCGCCUGUUGGACUGGGCGCUCGGGCGAGAGGAUGGCUUUUCACCAGAGCUGGAGCAGCCGCCGGCAGCCGCCUUGGCACCAUGAGGAUGGAGCUGGAGACUAACACCACGGAGAAAGAAGCAUAAGGAGACAAAAGCCAGGUCCUGCUGAUGCUGUGUUGCCUCCUGGUUUCACUUGUGUGACGCAAGAAUUGCUCUGGAUUAAUCAUCACGUUAAUAAUAAAU